AGCAUAUGUGUAAAAAUUACCUUUAUGUAAAAGUUUUAAUACCGGAUUAGUUACUGUUCCGUCUUUCUUGCACGACUACAAGGUAUUGCCGAAUCGCGGUUGAUAUCAUUUAUAAUAUCCUUCGCUACUGUCAAUAAUAGAAAUAUUUGUGGUUUGUUUGUGGUAAGCACUACUCGAAUACACUACAUAAGCACGCUAAGCUCGGAAAUAGAAGCAGUCGCCGAUUUCGUCACCGGUACACCUUAUCGCGGCACAUAUACAGGAGAAAAUGACCAUGCAAAGAAAAGUUGAAGAAACCUGCACCCAGCUAGAAGAAACAGGACCUUGUCUGGCGUAUUUCAGAAAGUUUACAUAUGAUGCGGCGAAAAAGACAUGCAGAGAGUUCAUUUAUGGUGGCUGUGGUGGGAAUUCUAAUCGCUUUGACUCUUUGGAGGAUUGCCAAGCCAAAUGCCAGAGCAAUAGACUCGAUGCCGGAUCUCGGCCACUUCUCGCUGACCAUAUUGAUACGCAAGGCGAAGUAAAGAAUGAUAUCUGCAACUUAUCCAAAGAAACUGGACCAUGUCGGGGAUUAUUUAGCAGAUUCGCCUAUAAUGACGUUACACAAAGUUGUGAAGAAUUUGUCUAUGGAGGCUGUGGAGGAAAUGCCAAUCGCUUUGACACCAUGGUGGACUGUGAAACACAGUGCUUUCCAAAUUAUGAAGAUGAUAUCUGUAACUUACCCAAAGAAACUGGGCCAUGUCGGGGAUUAUUCAGCAGAUUCGCCUAUAAUGACGUUACACAAAGUUGUGAAGAAUUUGUCUAUGGAGGCUGUGGAGGAAAUGCCAAUCGCUUUGACACCAUGGUGGACUGUGAAACACAGUGCCUUCCCAAUGAUGAAGAGGAUGGAUGUGGUUUGCCACUGGUCACAGGACCUUGCCGGGGAGCUAUCCAGAAAUAUGGAUAUGACACAGUUAGUAAGGCAUGCAAGGAGUUCAUGUAUGGCGGCUGCAGGGGUAACGGAAAUCGAUUUGAUUCGAUGGAACUGUGCGAGAACCGAUGCGAACCGACGCAAAGUUGUGAUAUGGUGUCCUGCAUCAUUCCUAUCAUCGUUGUUGUCGCCAUAUUCGGUGUCGCUAUAAUCAUAGCCGUCGUCUUGAUCCAGAAACGACGACGCAGUUCCAAUACAAAGUAUGGCCCAACUGCUGCAAGCGAACCGGGAGAUGCAAGCGAAUUAAAGAAGGUGUCACUCGAUGCCGAAAAUGUAUAAAUCUGAACACUCUGUCACGAUGUCACGUGGCUAAAAAGUAAGACAAUGGAAAUAAAUCAGCGCUGAAUCCUUGUGUUUUUGCCUAAGAUAUUUUAAUCACAUUGCAAAAGAUUUUUUUUUAACUCGAACGGAAAAAAUGUUGAAUAUCAAAUUAUUAUGUUUUCUGAUUUUAAUACAGAGAUCAGGGUCUAUUUAUGAAAUCGUUCUCAUGUGUGUUCAAGACUAUUUUUUUGUUUUGGUUAUAAAUUAAUAAUAUAAUUUUAUUUUUGUCAAUGAUUUUGGAAAAAUUGAAAAGAUUUAAAGCCAUGUAUAUGUUUUCUUUCGAUUUUUACAUUUCAGUUUUUGAUCGUUUUACAUGACUUAAGUUAGUUUCAAGAAAGUUGGUUUGAGCACAGGUUCAAUGCGUGAGCAUGAGUACGGUUUCAUGAAUACGUUCCAGAUAUGCUGUUUAUACGCACUGUCAUUUACAGAUCUGUGUAGCUGUGUAACAAGGCAUUUGAAUAGCUAUAAAAAGGGACCUGUUUGUAUGUACUAUUUCACUAUUUCUUAUAUCAGUAGGUAACUGUUGCUAGAUCUUACCCAUGUAGGUGUCCGUCUUUUUAAUAUCAGGUAACCUUUUUUAAUCAUCAUGCUAUUAUCUGUUGAAUUUUGUUGUUAUCGUAUGUUCAGCACCAUAAUGCACCAAUGCACUUAUACUUUGAAGUUAUCUUUUAAAAUAAUCAAAUAUAGUCUCCUUCGCAACUUAGAGCAAAAUAAAAUAAGCAUAAUAACCAUGCUUUUGUUUGCAUCAGCACUACUCUUUCGAAUCGCACUAGGUGUUUAUGAGGUCUAAGACAAUACAUCACAUUUUGAUCUUUGUUGGUCACAUACUUUCUAUAACGUAUGCCUAAAAUUGUGGAUGAACUCCUUAUAUUUGAGGGAAUUCCCUAUUCGAACUUUAUAUUUUUGAAUUAAAUUGACAUGUUUUUGUUUAUGUGUAUUGCUUUAUUUUUAUACUUUGUUAUAAUGAUUACGAUCGUCGAUGAUUUGUAUAACGUUUAGUGUGAUUUUUCCUAAGUACCAAAUGAUGUGUGUUUUUGAAUGAUGUUCAUUUUUAUGUGUAAUUAUAUACAAUUUUUUUUUUAAUCUGCGAAUCUCUUAACUGUUAUAGCAUAAUGUGAAAGCUUGAUAGAUGAGUGUUUGAGUGUAAUUGGGAUCUUGAAAACCAUACUAGGUGCAUGUUCAACGAUAAACAUUAAUCAAAAUACAAAAGAAAAUCACUGUGACAAACCACAUGCAGUAAUCGUAUAUGUAACGAAAAUAUAGUCCCAAUCAUGUAUGUUAUUUGAAAGAAAAUAUAGAUUGCUGUUAAAUAUUUCAACCUAAUACUAAUCUAUUUUCUAUUUUUUUGUCACCUUGUAAUCGCUUUUUAUGUGUAUAUUUUGUGUUAUUAAUGAUGUACAUGUAUAAUUGAUGUAAGUACAUUGGUUACACUGCAAGUGAAUUGUUAAUUGCGAUUUUUUCCUAAGACGUAUAUUUUAUUAAUAUAAAAAUUAACAAUGGAAAUAUGAAAACUUUCUUACCGAUUAAUUUUGUGUAUACUUUCUUAAUGGGAAUAUCACUCAUUAAUUGAAAUCAAAGUAUCAAUAACUCGCCAUCGUUAACCGGAACAUAUGAAUGACAGGAAGGUAGAAACAAACCUGAAAGUCUGCCAAAUAUUUUGUUUUCGUAACGUAGUAGCUAAUUGCUUUUGUUCUCAUUUCUGUCCGAAAUUAUAGUUUUGUGCAUUUAGAGGACAAUGUAUUUAACAUUGACAGAUGACUCUGUAAACGAUUUUGGAUACUUAACUAAGGCAAAUGUCUCCCUUAUACGGCAUUAAUAGAUGUUUGUAUUGUAACUGGGGUAUGUCAAUGCAUAAGUUAAAAAGUACGUCAAGGUAUAUCUUCUCCAUUGACUCCAUCAUGAAAUAUUUCUUCUCCUUACAGAAAUGAUCCAUACACAUAUAUUCAUAAGAUGCCCCGAUGUAUUCUACAGAAUUAUAGCUGUUAGAAACGAAAGUAUUUGAAAAGAAAUAUCAAUACAAAUAAGCGAGUCUACGGGGAUCACAAUUUGGACUGUAAACUGCAAGUCGUGCAGUUAACCAAAAUGGCAAUGUUGCUCUAUGUGAAUAGUAAACAACAGCAGCGUGAGAGAUGAAUACCCUGACAAGGGAGGUAACUAUGAAAGAGAGAUAUCUAGGUGUAUGCCUUAACAAGGGAGUUUAAUAUAAGUUUGACAGAACUCUUUCUUUUUAGGCUUAAAUAAUACUGGGGAAUCUAAGGUGUAUGUUCAAUAUUAGAACCACUGUUUCAAAGACAUGUUAUGGACGACUUCAACUGAAACCAUGAUAUUGUCUCAUGCGUAAGAAUCAUUGACACGUGUAAUUAAAACGAUAUCUUCAGAAACAUGAUGAUUAUAUUUUGUGAAACUACUAUCGAAUCCGUUAUGCAGUCAAACUUCAGUGCCACAAUCCGUAUCAUAACGGAUGAAAACUUUCGAAAAAUAUUUCCUACAAGUCGGUAAUAUGCGCGAUUAUAUGACUAAUGAAUGAAGAUUUAUAUAAUAUUGCAGAAAGAAGUCCUUUAUUUUGUUGUCAUCUGACUCUAAAUGGAAUAAAUGAAUGUCGUAAUAUCAAAA